CCCGAUUCUUGUACCAUGUACACACCUCCAAUAUCAAUAAAAAUCCCCCUUUGGCAAGGUACCGCCAAAAAAGGUCCGUGGUUUUCUCCUGAUUUGGGUUUCCACGUAAAAAUUCAUGUGUUUAUAUUUUGGUGUAUUUUUUAGACUAGUUUAUCAUUUUAGCCGGGUUAAAACGAUAUACCGGUCGAUAAUUUACACCAUCACUAACAAUAAACUUAAAAAAGCAACUUAACAUUGUUCUUCCAUUGUCAUAUCUAAAAUUUAAAUUCACUAAUUUUUUUAAAGGAAAAUGCUAGGGGUACACCAAAGGUGUACCCCAAAUGUCCCCCACCCCCUCCUUGUCCACAAAAAAUAGGCAAGAAAAUUGAUGGAUUCAUACGCAAUUGGGCUACGAAUAAAUUGUCUUAUGCUGGGAGAAUUGAGCUGAUUAGGGCAAUCAUACAAGGUGUGGAGUCAUUUUGGCUCCAAGCCUUCCCCACCCAAAAAUCAGUACUUAACAGGAUUAUUGGCCUCUGCCGUAACUUUCUUUGGGGGAGUAAGUUCGUCAAAGUUGCUUGGACUGAUAUUUGAAAGCUAAAAAAAUGAGGGGGGACUGGGCUUAAAAGAACCCGUCAUGUGGAAUAAUGCUUUGUUGUGUAAAGUCCUGUGGAACAUUGUGGCAAAAAAGGACUCUUUGUGGGUGCGUUGGGUCAAUUUAGUAUAUCUCAAUGGCAGGUGCGUGUGGGCCUGGAGUCCUAAGAAAAAGGACUCUUGCCUUUUCAAAAAACUGACGGUGAUUAGAAGUUUGCUUCUCACAAAGCUUGGUGAACCCUCGGCUCCAGAAACUGCCUUCAACCCUUUUGUGUGAACGGUAAGCUUCUAUCGGGGAAAAUUUAUGAUUUGUUUAGGGUUCAUGCCAACCCAAAGCCGUGGAUGGGAUUCAUAUGGCAUCCCUACAUUCCACCAAAAUGUUCAUUCACUCCUCUAUGGCUUGCUUUCCGUAGACGACUCCCUACAAAGGUUAAUCUUGAAUUCCUUGAUGAGGGCAUUUCAAGAGUAUGUUCCCUUUGUGGUGUCGGCUUGGAAACCACAAGCCAUCUGUACUUUGAGUGCACUGCCACUGGACAGAUUUGGAGAUAUAUUCGUGCUUGGAUGGGUGUUGAAGCUCAACUGACCACUUUGGACAGAGCCCUCCGAUGGUUACGCACGUAUAGGAAGGGAGACGCUGCAAAGAAGAAGAUGCGGAAGCUUGCCUUUGCCUGCACCACUUUCAUGGUUUGGAAAGUUCGGAAUGAGGUCUCUUUUGAUCAUAAGCCAUUUGAUAUUAUGUCCAUUGUAUGUAAAAUCAAAGUUAUGGUUUACACUAUCCUUGGGCGCCUUUGGCCCUAUGCAUGUAUUGAUUUUUAGCUUGGCAUGCGUGCCUGUGUAUUCCUUGGUUGGUUUGGCAUGCGUGCCCUGUGAUCUUGUUUUAUCUGUUCUACUUUAGGGUGGCUAUGGCCUUCCCUUGCUCACGGGUAUGCCCGUUGUAUUUGUUCAUUGUUUCUUCUUUAAUAUUAUUUACCGGUUACCACAAAAAUAGGCAAGAAAAUUUAAAAAAAAAUUUAAGUAAAUAAAAAGCAAAUAAAAAUGAAUGGUUAUGAAGGGG